UAAACAAUUUCGUUUCUAUAGUGCCAAUGAUUUUCAUGUAAUUAGUAACGGGGCGUUUAUUAUCGCCCAAAGUAGUCCAAAUUUAUUUCCGUUUAUUUUUCCAAAUCUUUGAAUCCUUGCCGUAAUUAUGGAUUCGAGAAACGGUAAGACAACAAGGGAAGAACGAAGGGAAAGUGAAAGAGUUGUUUCGGAUCCGCCGAGCAGACCCAGUCUGACCAAACGCGAAGAAACUCCUUACAGCCAGUGCAGGACAUCUCUGCACGACAGCAAUUCGUCAAUCGAGCAAAGGAAGCAGACGUUGUGGAGACGUCACAGUGGACUUUCACUUAAGAGGUGCAGUAAACAUUCCUUAAAGAAGAAAUAUUCGGGACUCCAGGAUGAAGGCAACACGCCAGCAUCGAAUGACAACAGCAAGAAAUCAGCAGACAGCAAACAGUCUUCCAAGGAAGUAACCCCCGGUAUUUUAUCCAGAAAUCCGUUCAUCAACUUCUUACGAGAAUAUCGUAGAAAGAACAAGGAGAAACUGGCAAAACUGUCACAAAUAGAAAUCGUACGCACUUGUGCCCAAGAGUGGCGCAAACUCACCCCUAAGGAGAAGUCAGUUUACGUAGAACAAGCUGCUAGAGCUCCACGAUCCCGAAGAAGACGUUCCAGAAGGCGUAGAAGUAGAAGCAGAAGCAGGAGCCAUUCUCCCAAUUUUAGUCCUCAAAGCCUUCGCAGAGGUCGCAGCAGGAGCCGAAGCAGAAGAAGGAGGAAGGGAAGCAAAAGGAGGAGAUCAGGUAAAAGGAGGAAGGGGAGACGUUCAAGGCGUCGUUUUACUUUUUAGGGAUAUAUUAAAAAUUACUAGUGGCGUUCUUUACAAUGUCGGGUAACAAGUGAGAAAAUUUUACAGUGUUUUAUCUUCUACUGAUUUGUAUUAUAUUAACGAAUAAAUUGUUUUCGUAAUUA